AUGCCGCGAGCACAAAACCGACCGGAAAGUCGAGACACGAUCCUCUGCACGUACAGCUCGACGAGGAUGAGGUUUACGCAAAGACGGACGGUUGUCUCGCCAGGGAAGCGGACAACAUCAAAGGGGGCAGCGGACGAGGAUGAGGACGACAGAGGGGUGAUCCUGGACCCCAAGACCUCUAGGAAGAUCUUUGAACUUGCGAAGGACCAACAGGAAGAGGUUGGCACUUGGGAGGACGACGAGGACGAGGAGGCAGAGGCAGAACGGCCAAGCUUCACUACUCCCCGGACUCAAGACGUCGAUGAGGAUGAGGAGGACGACCUGGAUCGAUAUGAGCAAGACGAAUACGAAGAGGAAGUCGAGGAGAUUCUCCUUGUCCUAUGGCGCUAG